UAAUUAUUUUAAUUCUCAAUUCUCAAUCUCAUUAUAACCUAAAAAAAUCCGUAAAAAUAUUUUAUGCCUGUGAAUCUGGUGACGAAUACUUUUGUAGAGUUGUUUUAGCCAGCCCAUUUCGUCAGCCACAAUGUCGAGCACUUCGCAAAAACACAGGAAUUUCGUGGCGGAGCCCAUGGGGGAAAAACCCGUUACAGAUUUGGCGGGCGUCGGUGAAGUUUUAGGACGGCGGCUUGAAACCGCUGGGUUUGAUAAAGCAUAUGUGGUCUUGGGACAAUUUCUUGUAUUGAAGAAAGACAAGGAACUAUUUCAAGAAUGGAUGAAAGAAACCUGCUCUGCUAACUCCAAGCAAUCUGCAGAUUGUUUCCAGUGUCUGAAGGACUGGUGUGACGAGUUCUUGUAAAUAAUAUAAUUAGCCCUUAGGUUCAAAACCUUGUAUGUACUAUAGUAACAAGUGCGAUGUUUACUAACAAUACAAAGACAGUGGCUGACUCAUGCAAAAACUUUCAUUUAGAGCUGUCAUCAAUAUUCACCAAGCCAAAUUGUAUUUUAUUAUGUCAGUCAGAGUCAGACGUACUAAGAUGCUUCAUUUAUAAUGAUCUUGAAAGAUUCUUUAACACAAUUGAUAUUGGUGUUGGUGUUGUGUUAAAAAAUAUUAAUUUCUGUUACUGGAUAUUUUUUUACCACUGGCUAAAAUGAGUUGAAUGUGCUCCAGCACACCUAGAAUCAUUUAUUUUUCACAGUAGAACAUUCACAGCUUUGUGUAGCAGGAUGGCUAUAAUGAUAAUUACUUGAUAUUAAGUACUUGAUGAUUCAUCAUCAUUCCAGUCAUGUAAUCACAGUAACAUUGGCUUGAAAUGGAAACAUCUUCUAGUCUAGAUGUUUCUUGUUUAAUAUCAAAUAUGUUUCUACAUAGAUAUACCUAAUAUAAGUUUAUUUGUUGGCAUAUGGAAAACUUUUCCUGAUUAUAUUAUGUGAAGUAUCUCUAAUCAUUGACUAGAAUAAGGUUAGUAAAAUUAUAUGUAUAAGAAUUAUUGUAAUAAAUAACAACACAAUUAUCUUGAAAAUGAUAAUACUUUUAAAAAUAAUAACUUAUGUAUCUGUAAGUUACCCAUUUAAAACUAGAUCUGUGUUUUUGUAAUAAUGCACCAGUGAAAUUUGUCUAUAAUUAAUUGAAUUUCAUAGGUAUCACUCAUUAUGUCUCAUAUUAACCCUCAUUUUGGAUUCAAACUGAUGUCUGCAUAGCAUUUAAAUAUGUAUCUGCAUUUUGAUAAAACAAAUGAUAUAUUUUUAUGAAAUAAAUUUGGUACAAAACUUAACCUUAUGUAUUUUAAUACAUAUCAAUAUAACUUUUCUGCACCAUGCAAUAUGAUAGAAAAAUAAUUUAAAGAACAUUAGGACAUAAUAUUUAUUUUACAUACAUAAUUAAAUAAUAGUAAGAUUGAAUGGUGUAAUCGGGAUGUAACCAUGCCUCAAUUAAUUAACUAUUGAUUUGAUAAGUUCACCCACGAAUUUGUUGUGGAGGAAACAUUCUGCUGAUGGCUAACAGUUUAUGGGUGGAUCAAUAUUGUGGAUGAACCUCUCAAACUCAGAUAGUGUCAAAAUUAUAUUCCAAUCCCAUAAUUCACUCGUACAUAGUAUAACAUAAUAUGAAUAACCUCAAGCCAUAACAACCACAAAGAAAAU